AUGGCGUUUGCAAACGAACCGACCGAUGAUAGCUUGGGGAGCUCGCUUCCGUUUGCAGCGCCCACAACACGCCGUUGGCUGAUGACGAAGCAGGCGCGGAAUGGAGGCCGGAUGCCCGUGACACACUUGAGUGUAGUUGUGAAGUCGAUAUAUGCGUGUUUGCCUCUGCCGAUGCUUACAUGCGCUGUAGCAAACGCCUUUUCUCAACUGCUGAGGUCUUCCGAUCAACAAACGCAGACUGCCUGGGAUGCCGCGCCGACGUUGAUAGCUUCCAGUACCGAAAGCUCGAUAAUGGUGCUGCCACUGGCUUCUGCCCGAUGCAGAUCGCCAUGA